GUAUCCCGACGUGUCCGAUCAAUUUGGCCACGUUGCGGACGCGGCUGCCCGAUCUCGGCAGCUGGAGUUUGCCCCACAUAUGCAAGGAAGCGGUCACCAACAGUGGCGGCACCACCACACCGGAGGGCACUUCCGGUAACUACAGCAGCAACAUCACCGCCACGGCCGACGCCUUCUAUCAGCCGACGGUGCCGGGUACGCUUCACACGGUUCCGGCCAACGGUACGGCCGUCACCGUACAGCCCACGGCUCAGCAACACUACCACCAGACGAACCUGCACAAACACUACAAGGCACACAAAAAGAUGCCGGCCUUCCGUGGACGCCGGGGCUGGUGUGGUUGCCUGCAGGAUGACGAACCUCCCGAAAUCUGUGUGGUCGAAGGAGUGUUCUCCCUGCAAACUCUCACACCAACCCAACCGAUGCCGGCGAUCGAUGAGCUCGACAUCAAGUUUGCCGAGCUGGUCGAAGAGCUGGAUCUUACCGCACCGAACAAAGCGGCCAUGAUGAGCCUACCGCCACAGAAAAAGUGGCAAAUCUACUGCUCACGCAAAAGUCCCCUGGACAGCGGACCGAACGGUACACCGCUCCAGACAGUUCCUCCCUCGCCCGAACACUACAUCGAACGGUUAAAGGAUAUGGCAGUGCAGCUGAAAGCUUGCGCACCGGACGAAUCACCUACGCACGAAUACGGACCCAAGAUCGAAUCGCAGACGGCAUUGUUCGAUGCGCUCAAAACGGCACUCCGUACAUCGGCACACAGUUUCGUGAUUCGGUUUAUUGAACUGCAAGGACUGCCGGCAUUGCUGGAGCUACUGCAGGUUCUCGAUAUACGGGUAGCGAACAGCCCAUUGCACACCAGCCUGAUCGGAUGCAUCAAGGCACUGAUGAACAACUCUACCGGACGGUCGCAUGUGCUCGCCCAUCCGACCGGAAUCGAUACGAUCGCACGUUCGCUGGCGGCUGACAACAUCAAGACCAAGAUUGCCGCACUCGAAAUACUCGGUGCGGUUUGUUUGGUGCCCGGUGGACACAAGAAGGUGCUGAAUGCGAUGCUUAAUUAUCAGGAGUACGCGGCAGAACGUGCCCGGUUCCAGGGCAUCGUCAACGAUCUCGACCGCUCGACCGGUGCGUAUCGGGAUGACGUCAACCUGAAGACGGCCAUCAUGUCGUUCAUCAAUGCCGUGCUGAACUACGGCCCCGGACAGGAGAACCUCGAGUUUCGGUUGCACCUGCGAUACGAGUUCCUGAUGCUCGGUAUCCAGCCCGUCAUCGACAAGCUGCGCAAGCACGAAAACGAAACCCUCAACCGCCAUCUUGACUUUUUCGAGAUGGUCCGCAACGAGGACGAAAAGGAGCUGGCCCGCAAGUUCGAUCACGAGCAUGUGGACACCAAGAGCGCAUCGGCUAUGUUUGAUCUGAUUCGCCGUAAACUAAGUCAUUCGCCGGCCUAUCCGCACCUGCUGUCACUGUUGCAGCAUAUGCUACUGCUUCCACCACCUACCACCGGUCCGAACGCACAGCACUGGUUGCUGUUCGAUCGGGUGGUGCAGCAGUUGGUCCUACAGCACGAAGAACGCCCCGCCAGUGACUGUCUCGAUCCGGAUGCGCCCGGUGUGGACAAGCGUUCCGAAACCGGUUCGGUUGCGUCCUCCUCGCUAAAGCUGCAAGACCCGGACGUAACACCACUCUCGAUCGAUGUGCGCAAGAUCGUGAAGUUGCUGGUAAAGGAAGAAGAACUAGUGGCGUCCCGAACACGAGCCGACGAUCUGGAGCGUGAAAACUCCGAAAUAGCGGCUCGGCUAGCCAAGAAGGAACAGGAUCUCGACCAUCGGACGCAGGAAAAGGAAGAUCUGGAGACAUCUUUGGCGCGUAUGCGAGAACGGUUGGAAAAGGAAAGUGCCAAUCACUCACAAGCGGUACAACGGGCACUCAAUGCGGAGAUGCGUGCCGAAGAUCUGCAGCAUCGGUUUGUGAGCGAGCAACAGGAACGGCUUCGCCUGGAGCGGCUCGUCACGGAGGGUAGCAUCCCGGACGAUCAGAAAGUUGCCGGAUUGCAGGGAGCCAACUGUAAUGGGCAGGCAACGUCACCUCCACCGCCACCACCAGCACCCUGCAAACUACCACCACCUCCACCACCACCAAUGAUGAUGCCAGCCGCUCCGCCACCACCUCCAGCACCGGGCGGUAUGCCUAAGCUGGCGCCGGCCGGUCCGCAGGCACCGGCAGCACCGAAAGCACCAGAAGCACCGAAAAAGAACGUUCCCCAACCGGCCAAUCCGCUCAAAAGUUUCAACUGGUCAAAGCUGCCCGACAGCAAGCUGACGGGUACGGUGUGGAGUGAGCUGGACGAUACCAAGUGGUACAACAGCAUUGAACUCGAGUCGAUCGACAAGCUGUUCUCCGCCUACCAGAAGAACGGUGUUGCGGUAAGUGAUCGUCGGGUGUCCAUGGAACUAUGCAUUACUGAUAUGCAUCUUCUUGAUUUUCGCUUCCCACAGAAUGAUGGCUCGAUCGAGGAUCUUCGUUUGAUUGGUAAGAAUAAGGCCAAAAUUUUGUCCGUGAUUGAUGGUCGCAGAGCACAAAACUGCACCAUUCUGCUCAGCAAGCUCAAAAUGACUGAUGAGGAGAUCUCAAAAGCCAUCUUAUCGAUGGACUCCAAUGAACAGUUGCCGAUCGACAUGGUUGAGCAACUGCUCAAGUUCACUCCUUCGGCCGAAGAACGUGCACUUUUGGACGAACAUUCGGAAGAUAUUGAUUCACUAGCACGUGCCGAUCGGUUUCUUUACGAAAUCUCAAAGAUACCUCACUACGAGCAGCGGUUACGUAGUCUACACUACAAGAAGCGUUUCCAGGUCACCGUAAACGAUCUAGCGCCGAGGAUCGCCAGCGUGAUGGAGGCAUCGCGCGAAGUAGCACGCUCUCGCAAGCUUCGGAAGCUGCUCGAACUAGUCCUGGCGCUAGGAAACUACAUGAACCGUGGAGCUCGUGGCAAUGCGUCAGGUUUCCGACUAGCGUCCCUGAACCGACUGGCGGACACAAAGUCAAGUGCAGCCAAGGGCACCACGUUGCUCCACUACCUGGUGCAAAUCAUCGAGAAGAAGUUUAAGGACAUUCUGACGCUCGAGGAAGAUUUGCCACACGUGAAGGAAGCCUCGAAGGUGUCGCUCGGUGAGAUGGACAAAGACAUUACGAUGCUUCGUGCCGGACUGGCGGAAGUAAACCGUGAGAUCGAGUUUCAUCGGAGCAGCGGUGCAUCACAGCCUGGUGACCGGUUCCUGCCCGUGAUGAGAGAAUUCCACGCCCAGGCGUCGGUGCGGUUUGCCGAGCUGGAGGACCAAUUCCAGGACAUGAAAACGAGGUUUGACCGUGCCGUUCGACUAUUCGGCGAGGAUGGUUCAGUGGUGCAGCCGGAAGAAUUCUUCGGCAUCUUUGAUGGUUUCCUGUCCGCACUUAUGGAGGCUAAGCAGGAUAAUGAGAACUUCCGGCGGCGUCAGGAAGAGGAGGAAAAGCGUGCCAAGCAGGAGGCUGAGCUAAAGAAACGCACCAUUGAGCGUAAAACAAAGGAAGGGCUCCUGAAUUCGGUGGCCGGUAAGUUGGGCCUCAAACCGAAACAUACGAACGGUACCAAUGGGGGUCCAGUCACGGCAGCCGAUGCCAACAACAAGGGUGAGUUCGAUGACCUCAUUUCGGCACUCAGGACGGGCGACGUGUUCGGUGAGGAUAUGGCCAAAUUUAAGCGUUCGCGCAAAACACGCCUCGGACCGAACGGGACCAACAAUACGUCGCCACCGCGCAGUCGUAACAGCGUUGGACGUGAGGACAGCCGUGAACGGACCGGUGUACCUAACCGGCGACAGUAGACGUAAGCGGAAGUAAUGCGCACACUCAAUACCCCUAAAAACAAGAUGUCCUCCAAUUCGGAGCGCUAGCCGUUAUAGAUAGAGAUGUAACCGUAAACGGCCAGUAGAUAAAUCAAUCUCAGUGUGAAACACACAGCACAACCAUGUAUGUGUGUGAGUUAGACGUCGUACCAUUUUUUUUUUUGGGUCUUUUGUGUUUGUUGGGUACGCUACAUAGACAUCUGAGGCAAACGAAGGAAAACGAUUAGUUGCAGGGAAAAUAUGCACGGCGACAUCAGGCCAAAUUUAUAUACGUACCAUUAGGCAAAGAUGUAGAGAUCACGAGACAGCUUCAAUCAUAAGUUUCUGUGCGUGUCCUUACGAAAUUCCUUAUUUUAAGCUGCUCCAGCUGGACAAGUCCUUCCCUACUUGUGUCGUUAGGUUGUUGUAUUUCCAUUUGUACAGUGCUUGUAUGCUAGCUUUAAGUUCACCUUCGAUCCCUCGUACGACAUCGAAACCAAGAGUCAUCGUUAUCAACCUAAAAGGUCUUCCUUCUUUAUAGAGAUAGCAACUCAUCCAUCUCCUUUAAAACGUUCUGUCCCAGUUGGUUCCGUUUUGUCGUGUAAUUAAUUUAUUUUAAUCCUUAUGCAUGCAUUCCUACUAUUUCUCGCUAUGAAGUUUGUGCGGUAGUUUGAGGUGUACUCAAUGAGAUGGAGCAAUAGAGCGUAUCAAAGGGAAAGGUUUAGAGAAAAUGAAUACGAUUAUUUGCAACAUGUGCGUAGUACAUUCACGAAUGUACGAAUGUUUGCUUUCACAGUAACGAGAUUAUUCAAAUAGAUAUUAUUCUGAAGCAAAAGUAACAACAACAAAAAUCCCACGCACACACUGUCUGUGUAUAAAGGCUUAUAUUUUCGAAACACUU